CCGUCUCAUUGUUGACUGAUGUCCGCCGGAGCAUCCUGGAAUAAACCCUAAUUGGCUGCUCUUUCGUUCUCCACUACUAUGUCUCUUUGAGGACCUUUUUUAUAGCUUUCUAAGCCACGUCUUUCCCAGACCAUUCUGCAAGGCGUACAAACUCUACAGACUCGGCGAACAGCUUUUUUGAACAACAUGGGCCCUUCCUGACGAUUUCCUCGGAAUGUUCCCAGACACUAACACUUUAUGCAAAGAGUUCGCAAUCAAGCUGAGGGCCGUCAUCCCCUGAGCCUGACUAUAAAAGCUAUGGUCUCAGUGAGAAAGAACUUUACCUUUAUCAAGGAUCCUCACUGCGAAUCUCAGCCGCUAUGGCUUACACCGAGCUACUAAUUAACCCAGAGUGCCAAAAUGCUGGCUCUCAAAGGCAUAGGAGAAGCAUAAAUGCAAGCCUUUACCCAUACAAGCUCGUCCGGAGUCUACUGAAAAGGCACAGCUCUACCCUGGCCGGGAUGCUGGAACAAAUAGGCAGGACAGAGGUCAUGAUCUCCCUCUUGCACGCUUCAAGGCAUCUCCACUGUGGUCGAGACCGCGAAUCAGAAUCUCAUGUCUCACAAGCCAUGCAACGAACUCUUCAAUUGACGCAAAGCAACUUUCGGGACCCCUUGAUUGCCCAUUGCAAGUUUUGGCUCGGCCGCAUUGAGUGGUUUAGAGGUGACGAGGCGAAGGCAUAUCAACUUUUUCUCGAGACAGAACAGUGGCAUAAGGACUUUCCUGAAGGGGAAGAGGUUCCACUGUACCUGGAGUAUCUUCAACCGGACGCUGAAAAGGAAACUCGGCGGCGCGCUUUGUGUGCAACAUAUCCCUUCUCUCUCCUCCCUCCGCAUCACAGACGAUAUCCUGCUUAUAGAUUCCAGCUAGGCACCAGCGAUCGCAAGUUGCCCUCAAAGCGCAGCCACCAUGAUGAACUUUGUGAAACGGAAGCUCUUGUGACCGUACGCCCAAAGUCAGGUGAGAGGAGCAAAGACCCGAAGGUAUGGAUUGAAAUUGGCACCAAAUCACUUCCUCCCCAAUACUGUGGUUCCCCCCGUAGGGUUCUACCCAUCAGACGGAAACACCAGAACUGGGAUACUGCAUGGCUGCAGAACUCCCGCUUCCGCCCACCCCAGGGUCAAUUUACGUUCACCAUGUACCCUACGGGCAUAGCAUCGCGCACACGCCCGACUAAUAUUUUUCCCGAGCAGAUCUACGAGUGCGUUGUCCCGGAAGAAAAAUGGAACUCAAUCUGCAAGAGGAUCAAGGGUAAAUACAUUACGAUGGGUUUCUUGGCCUAUGAAAGACAGCAACUUGAAAAGGCGGUGCUUGAGAAGACAGAUCGGAUUUUGGAACAAAUCGCAAGGUCCUCCCCGAGUACUCCAGAGGGUAUCCGAGCAAAAUACCUUCUUUAUCACCAUUGACAGCUGUCACAGUGGGUUUCUUUCUUAGGGACGCCAAACCCUCCCUGCUCCAUGUAUCAUAUACCUUCAUGAAUGUACCAUAACCAAUUCAAUCUGAUCGCAUCAACAUAAUCCCAUCAAUCAUAGAACCCCAAAAAAGAAAAAAU